UUGCCCAAAUUGAAGUACAUUGGCGUUAUCCCUAUGGUAUCAUUGUUACUUUUAAAUUACAAUGUAUUCGGCCACUUCUAUUUGCUGCAUUUUAUUGAUGCUGUGUGCAGAACUAGAAUGAGACUGAGAAACAUAGUGAUUCAGAAGUCAGCAUGGUUUCCAUACUGUUUCUUUUCCUUUGUUACAGAUUUUUGCUGUUUUACUAGUUUGUCAGGAUCUUUGAUGCAAAUUUAGGUGUAGUGAAGUUACUAGGUUUUCUUGUACUAAAUAGAUAUUUUGGCAGUUCUCAGCCCUUGGUGCUGCUAUGUAAACAGGUUUGAAAAGGAAAACUUGAUUGUACUCUCAUAGUACAGACAUGUUUGUUAUGUCAAAUUUUAUAAUUCCUGAUGGUCUAUUUCCUUGAUUUGCUUCUUUAUUUCUAUAUAAUUUUCUCAAACUCCACUGUAUACGAAUUAAGUAAUUUAUGUUCUAAUCUUAAACUUCAGUUGUUGCUUUCAUGCUGACCAUUUGGCCAUUUUUGAUCUGUUGCAGUAUGAUGGCAACAGUUAUGAACUCUAUACUGCUCCAAUCAGCUCUAGAGAAGCUGGGCGUUCAGACACGUGUGCAAAGUGCAUUUGCUAUGCCAGAGAUCGCUGAACCCUAUAGCAGGCAACGGGCCAUCCGGCAUCUUGAGAAAGGAAGAGUUGUCAUAUUUGGUGGUGUUGGUGCUGGCACUGGAAAUCCACUCUUCACUACUGAUACAGCUGCAGCUCUGAGAGCUUCUGAGCUUAAUGCAGAUGCAGUUCUUAAAGGUACCAGUGUAAAUGGUGUCUAUGACUUUCAUUCUGGUAACAGCAAUGUGAUACUUGAUCACAUUUCCUAUCGUGAUGCUAUUUCUAGCACCAUAACCUCUAUGGACCUGAUGGCGAUAACAUACUGUGAAGAGAAUGGAAUUCCUGUUGUGGUUUUUAAUCUGCUUGAGCCUGGGAAUAUCUCAAGAGCAUUAUGCGGAGACCAAGUUGGCACUUUGAUUGAUCAGGCUGGAAGUAUUAGUUAAUGCAUUUGGAGCCAUAUCUAACCUGAUUCUUUUAAAGUCUAGUAUAAGUUAAUCUGUAAGUGUCAUUAGUCCUUGUUAGAAGUAUUUAAAUAGAAAAUUAGGAGCAGAUUAGGCCUCAUGGUGAUACCCUAAAGUUUUGUCCUUGUAGUUUUACAGUAUACUUUUUACUUCCUCCAUUUGUAUUACUCUUUUCCUAAUACACCAUUGCCUGUAAAUUUUUCCAUCA